UAAUACAGUUCUUCACAAAUUUUUCUUUCCCAACAUCACAGAAACGAGUGGCAAAAGAUGGCCUCCCCGCGUCCCCUGACCUGACUCCUUCCCAGGGCAGUGUGCUGCAGCAGUCUCAGUCCCAGGCCCUGAGCAGCCUGACCACCCAGUCCCAGGACACUGACACCCAGGACAGCCAGCUGGGGGACACAGAACCGGUUUAUCCGGAUCUGGCUGGUUGUAAAACACCGGUGGACCAGAUUCUUCCACAGCUUACCUCAAUGGUCUGGGCUCGGGGACUGAAUCAGCUGGUCCGUGCUCGGAACAUCCACACCAUCGGUGACAUCAGCACGCUGACUCCUCUAGAGGUUCAGAGUCUGCCCAUCAGACAGCCCAAGGUCACAACCUUGAAGAAGGCCCUGGAGAUGUUCCACAACCAACAGGAGAGCAAGAGACUCAAGCAGACCUCGGGAAGUAAGAUGGAAGCCACUGAGUCUCUGGCAGCAGCCAGCCACGAAGCCAAAACAGAAGAGACAGCGGAUCUGGAACCUGCUAAGGAGAGGGAACAAGUGACAGAUCAACCAGAGUUCACAAAGGAGAAGGACCAAGAGCCAGCUGUACCAGAAACUCCAGAGAAGAUGGACCAUGGGUUACCUCCACCAGAACCCAUGGAGAAAGAUGAUGGGUUAGCACAACCAGAACCCACUGAGGAAGACCUUGGGUCAACAAAACUAGAAGCCACAGAAGGGAGGGACAGUGGGCCAGCUGCAGUAGAGUCUACAGAGAAGUUGGAUUGUGGGUCAUCCCAACCAGAACCCACAGAGAAAGACAAUAUCUUGCUCCGACAAGAAUCCACAGAAGAGAGGGCAGUAGAACCCAAGGAGAAAGAAAAUGGGUCAACACAACCAGAACCCACAGAAGAUUAUGGGUUAACUCAACCAGAUUCCACAGAGGACUGUGGGUCAACAAAACCCAUGGAAGGCCAUGAUUCAACUCAACCUGAACCCUCACAGAUUCCCCAUGGGUCAACACCACCAGAACCCACAGAGAACAGGGACCAUGGGUCAAUUCAACCAGAUUCCACCGAGGACCAUGGGUCAAAAGAUCCCACGGAGGAGAGAGCCCAACUGUCUCCCGUCGUAGACCUCACCAAAGACUCGAACAACGAAAGGUCACCGCUGCUACCACCCACACCAGAGACAGACCCUGUGCCAGCUGUUGUAGACCUUACUGAUGAAAUGGAGCAACCUUCAACGUCUGUACAACCCAUAAUGACCCACGUGUCACACUCUGCACAACCCUCGGAGACCGACCAAGCACCAACCACAGUACAGCCUACAGAAGCUAGAGAAGAGGGUGUACAACAGUUGGAUUUCGACGGCGUGGCUGCCAUUAACGACUUUGUCGACGACACCUCUGUACCAUCCUCUGUGGAAAGCAGUCCCAUUCGCGGCGCCCUGCCGUACUUUCCCAUCUUCUCCAGCGGAGCAGCUGGAAUGAACACGGAAGGGCUCGACGUCGAGUCAAUCCUGGAAAACGUGAACGUGGCGUCAGCAGCGACAAGCCUGGAGGUGGACGCCCUCAGCGAGUCCACAGACAUGUUCAGCACCGCUGCCGAGGUCGGCUCUCCUGUGGUGGAGAUGUUACGCGAACUCGUUUCCAUGGACGCAGACAACGUUGCCCGGGAAACCAACGCCAUGGCAACGCAGCCAUUCGAAGUGACGCUCCAGUUGUCUAGCAGGGAGAUGAGUGUUGUGGAAACCCUCUCGGCUGUAAAUGAGAGGAUAAUGCGAGGGGAACUGUCCGGACUCCCGAGCAGCCAGAUCAGUGCCGUCCACCAGAUGCUGAACAGGAUGAUGAUGAUGGCGGUCUCGGAGCUGCAGACGAGAUGCGUGUCCCCACGACAACAGAACAGGAAGCAGUGA